UUUUCGACAUUUUGCUCUGUUAUUUGGCCGUGCUUUCUCCGCAUCUCCAUCGCCAUCAUCGGACUCUCUCUUCUCUUAGCGAAAUUUUAUUUUCUUUGCUCAUCUCUUUGCGUCGAAUUGCUUUUCUCUACUGCUUCGAACACAAAAUGAGGACGAUCGUUUCGCGUUUGAUCCGUUACAAAUCGUCUGUUGCCCAGGCACGGUUCGUUUCCGCCUCCAGUGGCGGGAGGUAUCUCUCGACGGAAUCUAACAAAAUUGAUGAGCCCUUCAAUGUGGAAGAAGCAGAGACUGUACAUGUGCCUCCACCUCCAACCGAGAAGCUGCUCGUCCUUGGUGGAAAUGGUUUUGUGGGAUCACAUGUCUGUAAAGAAGCUUUAGAUCGCGGCUUAUCUGUUUCUAGCCUUAGCAGAUCAGGUAGGUCGUCUUUACAAGAGUCAUGGGCUACCAGAGUAACAUGGCAUCAAGGAAACCUUCUAUCAUCUGAUUUAUUGAAAGAUGCUCUUGAUGGAGUUACUUCUGUGAUCUCUUGUGUUGGUGGUUUUGGUUCAAACUCGUACAUGUAUAAGAUUAACGGGACUGCAAACAUCAACGCAAUUAGAGCUGCCUCAGAAAAAGGAGUUAAAAGAUUUGUCUAUAUUUCUGCUGCGGAUUUCGGAUUAGCCAACUAUUUGUUGGGAGGAUACUUUGAGGGAAAGCGUGCUGCUGAGACCGAGCUGCUCACAAGAUUUGCUUAUGGAGGGAUAAUCUUGCGACCUGGUUUUAUAUAUGGAACUCGCACUGUUGGGAGCAUGAAGAUCCCAUUGGGAGUUUUUGGGUCGCCUAUGGAGAUGAUUCUUCAACAGGCGAAACCGCUGAACCAGCUUCCGUUGGUCGGACCUUUGUUCACGCCUCCGGUGAAAGUUGAAUCAGUAGCAAGAGUUGCGGUUAGAGCAGCUACGGAUCCGGUUUUCCCUCCCGGGAUUGUGGAUGUUCAUGGAAUACAACGUUACAGCCAACAAAAAUCGAGAUAAGUUCUGUAUCGAGAAGCUUGAUUAUGCUUUCUGUCGUUUUGUAGAGUUUGGCUGCUUUACUCAGUUGGAUUUCAAUGGUGGGAACAAAAAUGUCUUCCUCGUUUCUCUCACCAUAAAUAAAUAAAAAAGACAAGCUUUUAUUGAUAUUGAUACUAUACAUCUCUAAGAGAGCAAAGCUACUUUGUAGCUCUCCAAAACUUUUUUCCCUA